AUGGAUUCUGUUGGCAUGCCCGCUUUUUCUGAUCUUUUCGGUGGUGGAAGUCCCAAAGUUGUGCUUCUGGAAUACCACUUUUAUACAGUUCAAGUCCUGGAUAUUCACAGGGCAUCAGGAGAUGUUCCCACAACUUGGAAUGGCAUGGAUGACUUGAUGCAGCAAGCAGUAAUUAAAGAGCAGGAGGAUGAACAACACUAUUUGGUGGCACAGUGCACAGAUGAAGCACAAGCCAGAAGUGAAGGGAGCAUACCAGGAAAGACAGUCGACACACAGAUCCAUUUUACUGUGCUCUCUGAAGAACUAAGUGAAGCUGCAGUGCAAGCAAUGCACAUCCAAGGAAAGGAACAUGAAGCUUGGGCAUCAUCUCAGGUGCCUGGGAGAACUGAAAUCCUGCGGGCAAAAGGGCAGCAGACCUCGGUCUGGCCCCAGCCAGAACCUGACAGCACUGAGUCACUGGUUCCAUCCAAAGCCCAGGCUGGCAGCGUGGGGUCACCAUGGGGCUCUGGCACCUGUGACAUCAGAGGGGACAAGUCCCCAGGUGCCCCAUCUGGCAGUGCAGCCAUUUCGCUGCCACCCAGUCCUGCUGAGCCCCUUCUCUCCAUCCUCCUCCUCCAGGCCAUGGCUCUGAGCGUCACCCAAAUCCUGAUGGUUCUGGGUGUCCUACAAUUCAUACUGCUGAUGGAUGACCAGUCAGUCAAGGUCACGGAAGAGCUCCUGAAGCAGCAUGAGGAGCGUCUGAAUCAAGAGAUGGUUUGGCUGAUGGAGAUGGAGAAGAGGCUCCAGGAGCAGACCAGACUCAGUGAGGAAAGCCUGCUCCUAUCUGCCUGCCAGCGGUGGUGGUUCUGGGCCUCUGCCGAAAUCCUCCUCGUGAUUUUUGGGUUCUACUGGCUGCCCAAGCAGAGGAGCACUGGCUCUGAAAGCAGCAGCCAGUGGGGAAACUCCAACAGUGCCCAGGAGCAGAGAGAGGAGGAGGAGGACUGGGAAGAUAAAUCAGACCCUUACAACACUCAAGACAAGCCCCUGGAUAAGGGCUCAGCAGCAUGGUGGGUCUGCCAGUGAGACACUCCUAUGGCCAUUUGCAGCACUCUUCGGAGAACGUGUUGUGCUUCCCCCUCUGCUGUCUGACAAGACAAACAGAAGCCACAUCCUUGCUUUCUGUGCAGCCUCUGCACCUGCUGCCAGUCCUGAUACUCCCCCUGCCGGGAGGCGUGGGAGAGAUUCAUCCUUUGUGCAUGUUAUUAGAAUUGUUUGCUUGUUUUGA